UGGAUGCUGCUUCCUUCCUUCCUUCCUCCUGCAGCCACUGCUGAGUGUAGUAGGGACUUUGCAGGCGGGAAGGAGAAGGAGGGGAGAGGCUGUUGUGGGUCUCUGGGGGAGGAAGGCAAGCCAGCAGCCAGCAAGGAGGCGUCCCUUUGGGCUCAGCUCCAGAGCAAGGGACCCGAGGCCAGCAGAGAAGGAGGAGGAGGAGGCUCUCUCUUCUCUCUUUGGAGAGGACGACAUGGGACCCCAGCCCCACUCUGGGGUCGCCUCCUCAGCCUUCUCCCAGGGAAAGACACCCCUUCCACUGACCUCCUCUGCAGGAAACUGCACAUUUGGAAAAACUCUUCAGACAUCAGGAGUUCUUGAUUUUCACAACUGCUUGUAAGAUUUCACUUGAUAAUGAUCUAUGAGGCUCAAUGCAAUAUGGAUAACUCACUGAACAUGGACUGAUGUCUUCACCAUCUGGGUCUUUGUACUGCAUAUCUUUAAGAGGGCAGCUUUUUCGCAAUGAAUGUAAGGUCAUGUGAUAUGAGCCACCGGACAACAAGUACUCCUCACAGGCCUGGGAUGGUAAAUGGACUGCAGAUCCCACCUAUCCGAGUUCAUGUAGGAACUUCUUGUUCAUCAACUAAUGUUAGUACCCCAAGCCCAGCUAUUGGGAACCUGUCUACCAGCCUCCAUUUAAAAACAUCUCUUGGAGGAGGCAUUGCCCCAUCAAGCAACAUUGUUGAUUCCAAUAUUCAUUUCCCAGCUUUAAGCCCCAGGAGACAAACAGUUACUAGUGGGAAGCCUUCAUUCCAAGUUCCACAACCUCCGGGAUUGACAGCACCACAGUUUUUGAAGCCAAAGCAGCAAGAAUUUGGAAAUAGUUUCACUACCAACACAGUUAAAGGGGCUGUUGCCUGUGGUCCUCGGUGCAAGUCCAUUGGAAAAAGCAGCUGCAAGAACUUAAUAGUCACCAGCAGUCCAAUGAUGGUUCAGAGACUAGGACCACUGUCUCCUGCUGUGCAACAGGUCUCAUCAGCAUGCAACCAAAUCAGUCCUAGCUUACAGAGAGCUAUGAAUGCUGCAAACCUAAAUAUACCUCCAUCUGAUACAAGAUCCCUGAUGUCACGGGAAUCUUUGGCAUCCACAACCUUAAGCCUUUCAGAAAGCCAAUCAGUACAAAGUGUCAAACAAGAGUGGUUUCAUGGUUACAGGAUUUUCCCUUCCCUUCCUUCCAACCCAGGCUCCCAAAACAGCAGUGAGUUGGGUGAUGUAACAAGCAUCACAUCCGGGAUGUCCACGUCCAACAACAUUUCUAGCUCAUUACCAGCUUACUUGUUUGGUGUGGAGAACAAUCACUCAGCUUAUUCUAGCCCUCACCAUUCUUCAGUGAGGUCUCAUUCAGCCAAAAAGAGGGCACUCUCCCUGUCCCCUUUGUCUGAUGGCAUUGGGAUUGACUUCAAUACAAUUAUCCGUACAUCUCCUACUUCUCUUGUUGCUUAUAUAAACAGUUCAAGGACCUCUCCAUCAAACCUCUCCCCUCAACCUGAGGUUUAUGGGCAUUUCUUGGGAAUAAGAGGAAGUUGUAUUCCCCAGACGUGUUCUGUUCCAAAUCCUCAAAAAAGACUACUAGUGGCUAAUGGCAGUGUCAACCUCCCAGGGUACAGUGAAAAUGGAAGUACUGAAUUCCAGCGCAUGCAACAGUUGGAACAAAACAUCUUGCAGCCAGCAGUCACAAACAACAUGGUGGUUCAACAAGGUAUGUCUCUUCUAGACAGCCAGUCUGUGAGUAUAUUAAAGAGUGGACAUAUUGAUGGUUUUUCUGGAAAUACCAAUGACAUGUCCUCUGCUUCUCCAUUGGUUACUCCUGUUCUUCCUCUGCCACAUGGUCCACCACCUCCAUACCAUGCACAUCAGCAUGAUCUCAUAAACAAUUCCCACCAGCUUUCCUUGCCACCAUCCAUCCAAGGUUCUCUCUUAGAUGAGGAUGGUGAACUGGAUGAUUUUAAUGGGAAACACUGUUGUCGUUGGAUAGACUGCAGUGCUACCUAUGAUCAGCAAGAGGAACUUGUACGGCAUAUAGAGAAAAUUCAUAUAGACCAGAGGAAAGGAGAGGAUUUCACUUGUUUCUGGGCUGGGUGCAUUCGAAGAUACAAGCCAUUUAAUGCUCGUUAUAAACUUCUGAUUCACAUGAGAGUGCAUUCGGGAGAGAAGCCAAACAAAUGCACGUUUGAAGGCUGCAAGAAGGCCUUUUCUAGACUAGAAAAUCUCAAGAUUCACUUAAGGAGCCACACUGGAGAAAAACCUUAUCUUUGUCAGCACCCAGGCUGUCAAAAAGCAUUCAGUAAUUCCAGCGAUCGAGCCAAGCACCAGAGGACGCACCUGGACACUAAACCUUAUGCUUGCCAGAUUCCUGGAUGUACCAAACGAUACACAGAUCCAAGUUCUUUAAGAAAGCAUGUAAAAGCCCAUUCCUCCAAAGAUCAGCAAGCCAGGAAAAAGUUGCGUUCCAAUACAGAGCUUGACCAAGACAUUCUCAAUGACUGUCUCACGAUCCAUCCUCUUCAACCGUCCACAUCUCCACAUGAUGCUGCGGACAGCAGUAUGAGGCGAUCACCAGGGCUGGUGCAUGACAUUUACACAGCUGCAUUGUUCACAAGUACUCACUCAAGUCGAAGUGCAACGGCUGCAGGCGCUGGAACCCCAUCACUCUCUGUGAGCCACACUUCACCAGGACACAAUAUGCAUAGCAGCCCACACAACCCACCAACCCAAGGGCUCCCUCUCACCACAGGGGACUCUGGAAAUGAGAGAUUUUCAGCAUCUGCUCCUUUUUCUUCUCAUCAUAUAAGCCCCAGGAGAAUUUCUGUUCCCCCUCCUUUGGUGCAGAAAAGGGUACCACAGUGUUCCAACAAUCAGCAGCUUGCAGUAACCCAUUUGAAGUCAUAUGAGCCAUCAACACAUCCCUCUCUUCAGCCAAACAGCAUCCAAAUCCAAGGUGUUUAUGGCCAAGUGCAAACUUUCUGUUCCCCACAUUAUACUGACAAUCAAAGAAGUAUACAGCAUGUAGGAAUUUGUAAUAUGGUCCCUCCCUUUGAAGAUUGUCUUGUACCUACAUCUGUGGGGCAGGCAGGUCUUGAUGUUUUCCACAGAGCAUUUUCUGCACAUUCUGGUAUUACAGGUAUCUUCGGGGAUCCACACAAUGGGGCUGAGGACACCAAUUUUCUUCAGAUAAAUGCUGUCGAUCGCUGCCCUAGUCAACUUUCUUCUGUUUAUACUGAAGGCUGAGGAAACACAAAUGACAGGCAUCUAGUUCCCAUGAGAACCACUGUAUUAUAGAUCAUCUUUCAUUGGUCAGGAAAACAAGUGCUAAAGGUAUGGCUCCAAAAAAAAUAGGAGGAAAAAAACUCACCAUCACCAGAAAGACUCAGCUUCACAGUUGCAGCUAAUAUCCCGGGAUGGGGUAAAAUGCUGGUUAAAAGGUACGCAUUUACCAAAGUGUGACAAUCGCUUCUUCGAUUCAGCCUUUUCUGUGACAAAACCACUUCCCAAAGGGAAUGAAUAAGAAAACUACUGCUUGAUACUUUUUAAAAUGAAUUGUUGGCAUUAUCAAAAUGGUAUUCUAAAAAUCUGUUUCAAGUACUCUGUGAAAAUUAACCACAACUACAAAACUUCAGUAAAAGGAGAGUUCCAUGCAUAAUGAGCCUGUUUUAUGGUGCUUUGGAAUCUAAGUACACAAACUCACAGGUAAAAGGGCAAAAAGGGGAAAUCAUGUGUUUUUCAGACAUGUUAUGGCACCAGCUGAUAGUGGUAAUAUCACUGUUCCAGCUUCUUUUCAAAAAUCUAGGUAUUGUUGGUUCUGGAUUUGUUAAUAUUCUUUUUAACAACACUGUAUUAGCUGCAUUAGCUUUAAGAAAUGUGCUUGUUUGUGAUUUCCUAGAAGCACUUCAUUGCAGAGAAUUCAUUCUACUGUGGAUUGAAUAAUGCUUUAUAAUUUAAUUAAUAUUUAUAUUCCAUACAUAGAUUUUUUUUUAAGCACACACAUUCCAAGUAGGCAUUCCCCAUCAAUAUUUGGAAAUAUUUCAACCCACGUCUAACAAACAUCACUGAAGCUUGACACUCAUGUCUUGCUAAACAAUUCAACAAGUAGUUAGGGUCAAUCUGUACAAAAUGGGAUUCUAAUCAUUUUGUUACACUUGUACACAUUUUGUUGACAACAUUAGAUUCUGUAGUCCUUGAGUACUUCAGACACAUCCUAAGAAGACAUGACUCACUAGAAAAGGCAAUAAUUCUAGGAAAGGUGGAGGGUAGAUUCAAUCAAGAAGGCCAUGGCCUGAGCCUGCAGGACUUGAGCAGAGAAGAGGAGGUAUCUCACUCAUAGGGUCACUAUGAGUUGAGGUCAACGUGAGAGCAGUUAACAAACGAAAGUCCUUGAGUGAUUCUAAUAGGUAGUUUAAAAAUAGCAGAUAAUUAAAUCCAGGAGGAGAGCCAGCAUCAUGAAGUGGACUGAGCAUUGGACAGGGACCCUGGAGACCAGGAUUUGAAUUCCUGCUCAGCCAUGGAAUUCUUGGGCCAGGCACACUCUCAACCUUAGAGGGAGGUCAAGGCAAACUACUUCUGGACAAAUCUUGCCAAGAAAACCCAGUGCUAGGGUAAUCAUAAGUCAGAAGAAAAUUGAAGGCACAUGGCAACAAGAAGAAGAUCCAGGAGAGAACUGUUGUUGGACAAGUCCCAACUGACACCUGUUUAAUUUUGCUUGAAUUUUUGCUAUGCUUUAUAGCUCAUUAGCAACCAUAAUUUCAGCUAUUAUUUUUGAAGAAGUAGGAGGUAUCACUUCUCCAUAAUACCUAAAAAUAUAGGGUAAUUUUUACACAAGGUGGCAUGUGUUUCAUAUGUAAAAAUUGUUCAUAGGCAAAACAACAGGAAAUGGAAAAUUAGGAUUACCUUUUCUUCCAUUAACAUUUCUCCUAUGUUCCAUAUUUCAAAAAGAAACAUUGAGUACAUUCCAGGUAAACUUACAAGCGUCUAAUUACCACUGAAAUCAAGAAGAGUUAAUUACAUUUAAGUAUUUCUACUUUUGCAAAUUACACCAAUUAGGACAGGAUGACUUUUAGCCAUCUUCUAACACAAUGUGUUGUGAUUAUCAUAUAUGUAGUGCAUACAGUGACAAUGUCCAUUCACUUCUAUAUCAUCACAUGGCAUUAAGAACACAUUAGCAUAUCAUUACCCAGAGUAACGGGCAACUAAAAUGAUGAAAGAUGUGCCUUAUCAUAGGUUUCCACAGUUUUAUUUAGCUAGUACAGUAUUUAUUUAGCUUACAGUAGUCCUAUAUAUAUUGAAGUUCCACAGAUGUCCUAGUUAAAUGUCUAGAACUUCAGCUUUAUGUCUGUCUCCUUCAACAAAGAGUUCAGAGCAGAUGACAUAAAGUCCCCACAUGGUCUCCUACUAGUAAUCUCCUGGCAUAGUUUCAGUAACAGAAACUUGCCUAGUUUCAGUAACAGAAUUUUACCUAUUAUUCUGAAGAUAUUGUAAGAGUUUUGCUAAAUCACAAUUUACUGAAGGAAUUCAUUCUUACUUGCUUUGGGGAAUGAAUAGAUUUCAGUUUUAGCUUAUUCCAGCUGGUUUUGUUGAAAAGAUCAUGUUACAUUAAUGAUUUCCACCAUUGUGGAUGGUCUGGGAAGAGGGGGUGUCACCUCAUUUUAUAGUGGUGGGAUGUGUCCCUCCCCAUUGGACAACAGGCAGCCAAAAUUAAUUAUUUGAAUAUUUUAUUACAUAGGGAAUUGUUUUAUUACAAAAAUGGUGCUUACACCUCUGAUUGCUAGAUAAUAUUAUCUAUUUUUAAAGAGAUGCGAUAUAAAUGAAAGAUGUAGUUGGUAAUCAGUAAACACAGGGGCUUGGAUCCUGCUGGUUAGUCCUAACUAGAGCAGGCCCAUUAAAUGAGUUAGUGAGCUGACAUGUGCAUAAAUCCCCUUGAUCUACUCAAGUAGGGAUUAACAAUAGAACCCAGGCCAUUGAUUACUACUAGCUUGUGUUGUUCACAUUUCUCAAAACAGUCCUUUCAAAUACAAUAGGGGAAUGCUGCAGCUUAGUCCUUUUGCACUUUCAUAUUCUCCUCACUUAUUUUCUUUUAAAAAAAUCUAUUAAGGAGUAAAAAAACCCUAUGCAUACCAGUAGUGUCACUAGGGUUGGUGCCCACCCCCCCAAUUGAUCAAUCACAUACCUAACUAUGCAGAAACCUUAGUAAUUUCUUUUGUACUCAUGUUACUCAUAUUAUAAUUCCCAUAUAUCAGUACUGUAAAUGUGAUGUAAUCCUGGUGACAUAAACAACUUGCAAAAUUAAAAUUAUACCUUUAAAUUACAAUAUCAUAUGCAGAAACUAAAUGUUUUUACAUAUAUAUAGUUUC